AUGCUGCAGAUGAUGGCCAGCGCGGCUUUGGUGCUUGGGGUUCUACUUUUGGGCGUUUUGUUGGUCCUACUGUGCAGCCGAUUCUUUCUUGCAUCCAUGGACAACCCUCAUGUGAUCGUGCUUGUUUUGGGCGACAUUGGGAGAAGUCCUCGCAUGCAGUAUCAUUCGCUUUCGUUAGCCAGACAUGGCUGUGAUGUAACCAUCAUUGGCUACCCGGGAGCUGAGCCCAUGGCCGAGUUAACGAACAGCCGGAUACGCAUUCGGCAUGUGAUGCCCUUGGAGAUUUCAUGGCUUCCCUUCACACUUCGGGCUGGAGUAAAGGUACUGUCAUUGCUUCUUCGCUUGCUGGCGCUGCUACUGCUUUCAACUCCGCGAGCCAAUGUUGUGUUAGUGCAAAAUCCGCCCGCCAUUCCGUCGUUGCUCCUGGCGCGCGUUGCCUCGACCUUGCAGGGAGCCUCCUUCAUCAUUGACUUCCACAACUUUGGCUAUUCGUUAUUGGCACUGAAGUUGGGAGCCCAACAUCCGCUUGUCAAGGCCCAUCGGAUCUACGAGCAGCUCUGCGGCCAGCUUGCAGAUGAUGCCUUCUGCGUUACAGCACAGAUGCAACGUUUCUUAAAGGAGCAGUGGAAUGCUGGGGGCCCAGCCUCGCUGGAGUUUGGAGGCUCGACCUCUUGGACUCCGGAUGAAGAUUUCGGGCAGCUCCUCGACGCGCUGCCGGCGUUCAACGAGAACCUGGUCCAGGCAAAUGCACGAGCUGUUGUGAUCGUGACCGGCAAAGGCGACUUGAGGCAGCAGUUCGAGGAGCGCUUGUGCGGAAUGGUGCCACAGUUGCAAGCAGUCCGGGUGGUGACGAUGUGGCUUAGCUUUGCAGAUUAUGCUCUGCUGCUGGGUAGCGCAGACCUGGGUCUCAGUUUGCACAGCUCCUCUUCAGGCAUUGACUUGCCCAUGAAGGUCGUGGACAUGUUUGGGGCCGGUCUGCCCGUGUGCGCACGGUCCUUUGCAGCGCUGCCUGAGCUUGUCCAGCAUGGCGAGAAUGGAUUGGUGUUCAGUAGCACGGAGGAGCUUGCGGUGAGUCUGGCGCAUGGGCUCGGGGUGAACGCAGCUGCAUCGACCGAUUUGCCUUCAUUGAAAUCUCCGGCAGGAAAGUCCAAGCUCAAUGCUUGGGAUGACCACUGGGAUGCGAUUGCCUGGCCUGUCUUCCAUGCUUAUGCGUUGCAUGCUGAGCAACGGCAGAGAGCAGGCUGA